CAGCAGCAACAGCAGCAGCAGCAGCAGUAUCAGCAGCAGCAGCAGCAGCAUUCACCCUGGGUGAUCAGCAGCAGCAUCAUCAUCAUCAUCAGCAGCAGCAGCAACAGCAGCAGCAGCAGCAGUAUCAGCAGCAGCAGCAGCAGCAUUCACCCUGGGGUGGGGGCCCCCCUGGGGGCCCCCCUGUGGGCUCCCUUGGGGGCCCCCCUGUGGGCUCCCUUUGGGGCCCCCCUGUGGGGUCUCCUGGGGGCCCUCCUGUGGGCUCCCUUUGGGGCCCCCCUGUGGGGUUUCCUGGGGGCCCCCCUGUGGGGUCCCCUGGGGGCCCCCCUGGGGGCCCCCCUGUGGGGUCCCCUGGGGGCAGUCUUUGUUUUUCUUGUCUUUAAUGGGGGAGCCUUCUUGGUGGCUGCUGUGGGGCCCCUCUCUUUGGUGCUUGUUAGAGGGGCCCCUAGCCCUGGGGGCCCCGUGACGGGGGCCCCCAGGGGGCCCCUCAACAAAACGCAGCAACAUGCUGCUCUUUCCGACGCCACUAUCACCUGA